AUGGAGAAAGUGAAACAGGAAAUAAAAACACUAGCUCUACAUGUGCUUGAAAGCGAUGGUGGUCAGUCCGAUGAUACCACAUCCUUAACCCGGGCCGAAGAUGCGGCAGCCCCCAUCACCCCGAACAAACGGCAGGACAUUGGCACACCUGCCCCGGCAAGGAAAAAGAAGACCGACCGCCCCCUCCCGGAUUCGUACAUCGUGAAACCCCGCCAAGGACCUUCGUAUGACUACGCGUGGUAUCAUUCACCCCUGGAAGAGCCUGCUGUGUACCAUAUGAGUGACCCUGCAGCGGCGGUGACUGCAUAUGCGGCCAUCAAGGCAGUGAACGAACGUGUGCAGUUUGAUCUGCGGAACAUGAAGUCCGUGCUGCUAGAACGUGGAUUGAUUGAGGACUCUGACUCUGGGUACUCCGACUUCAAGGACAAAUAUGCUAUUUCUUCUAAUGGCUACGUUGAUGUUUUUGCUGGUGCGAAGUAG